UCUCAUUUUAAACUUUCACUCAAUUAACUUGCCGCCGUCUGCAGCUGCGCCGCCCUCCCUCGCCGCUUUCACCGAGUGCCGCUACUUGUUUAUUACUCCAUAAACUAGUUUAAUCGAGCUCUCUUCCAUUCUCAGUAAACACUUCAAAGAAUCUUUUUUUUUUAACUAACUAAGUUUACAUUAUUAUACAAAAAAAGAAGAAAAUUUGAAUUUGCAGCGCUGCGUUUCAUUCAGUAAAAAUUGCAUUUAAACCCAGCUGCAUUUGCUGUGAUUUACAGCACUGCAGAGAAUCCGAUCCCAUUCCGGAUAGAAUUUUCCUAUUUAGGGAAACGAUUUCAAAUUUCAUCUCAGUUGAGCUUAUUUAUGUUUCUUUUUACCUCACACGACUAAAAAGGCCAUUUACUUCUCUCUCAUUUUGAACAAUUCAUCUUGCGAGUUAUCAACCUUGGUAAUUCUUAAUCUCGAUCUGAAUAUUUAUAAUUGGCUCUGAUUUUGAUUAUCUAUCAGCUUCGAUGCUCGAUUUUUUGACUGAAAAUCUUGUCUUGCUAUUUCCUAUUUUUUACUGUGAAAACUGUUGGGUGUUGUUGGAAGGGAAAGAAAUUUAUUAUUUAUUGAGCUUCUUGUUUAUUUAGACCGAAAACAACUUCAAUUUAUUUAUUCUGAUUAAUGUACUGUUUUGAUUUGCUAUUUUCUUCGUCUACAGACUAAAUUGUUAGAUUGUCUACUAAAUUUUAAAAUUGCGCCUUGAAAGAAACGAAGAUUUGAAGGGUUCUUUUUCCAUUAUGACCAGUUAAAAAUAAGAAACAUUUUCAAGUAUUUCGGAAACUUAUACUUGGGUUGUUUUGGUUUUGCUUGACUUGAUAUUGCAAGUUAUGAUAUUAUGUAGAUUUAAUAACUAUGCUUUGAGCUUAUUCUAAGGAUUUCCUAUCAAGGAAUAUUAUAGCUAAAACUAUUUUUGGCUUUAUAAAAGGUGUUGCAUAAAAUCUUGAUGUGAUCAGCCUGGUUUCGCCACUGCUACGAGCAAUAGAAUGUCGUGUUGAAAAGUACUAGUAAUUUGCAUACUGAAGUUUGUUAAAACAUUCAUGUUUUAUCAAUGAAGAGUCGCGUAUCUCAUUUAUGUUUGAUUCAUGUAUUCGACGAGGAAUUGAAGUUUGGUAGCACAGGAUCUUCACUUCCCAUAGCCAACAUGUCGAAGGGCGAGGAAUUGAAGUUGCAUAUCAAGGUUGUGGUGAACAAGCAGAGAACUAAGGUCCUGUUUGCAGAAGCUGGCAGCGAUUUCACGGAUGUUUUGCUAAGCUUCCUACUUCUGCCACUGGGAACGAUCUUGAAGGUCCUCGAGAAGCAAAAUGUAGGCGAUGCGCCUGCUAUUGGAAGCUUGAGCACGCUGUACAGAGGCUUAGUGAAUCUUGACAUUGGUCAUUUCCAGACAGAGGUUGCCAAGCAGAAGCUCCUCGCUCCAGCAAGUUGCUAUGAUGCUGAGUUGCGUAAACUGAGGCUCAACGUCUCUAAUGCUGUUCCUGCAAGUCCCAAUUCUGUCAAUAGAUACGAUGGGGUCUUCACUGAAAGUGCAGCUUCUUUCAUAAUCGGUGAUGAUCUGAAGGUGAUGCCUAAUGUGAUGGGCUCGUUCAUGGAAACUCUCAGGGGUCUCGACAUUGAUGGGACCGAUAUUGAUGGUGCUGAGACGAUGAAUGUGGCUUUUGGAUCGAAAGAGAUCGUGGACUUGCUGAGGCUAUCAUUGGUUUCAGGGAAUCCACUGACGGCCUUCAUGCUGAGUGGUGGCCAGAUAAGGUUGGCGUUGAAGAAAUCCAGCGAGCAGGGGAAUGCUUGGUUGCAAUGCAUCAAUGAGAAAGUUGCAUCUACCAACAUCAAGAAGAUGAUUGUGAAGGCCACUAUACAGAAAUCGACUAACAAGUUCCUAUUUGCUCAAGCAGAUAACGAUUUCAUCAAUUUCCUUUUUGGCAUGCUCACGCUUCCUUUGGGAAGCGUCGUGUGGUAUUUGGGGAGUAACAGUGGCCUAGUGGCUAUUGCUAAUCUGCACCUGAGUGUAGCAGACGAGUCUAAGAAGGUCCAAUUGAAGAGUGCAAAGACAAGAGUCUAUCUAACCAAGUCAAACCUCAGUCAAUCCAACGAAUUUUCCCGUCUCAAUUUCGACCCUGAUGUGAGAAACCAUAAUGUUAAGGGAGAGAGGCUGCACAUGGUGACCAAUAAUUUGACUGUUUCACCGUUGACUAUGACAUCAUGCAUCUAUGUGCUGAACGAGCUGAAGAUCUCCGUGUCUGAUGUUGAAGAAGUGGACGUGCAAGUUGGGCUCGAAGAGGGUUUAAGCAUAGUGAAAGAGGCUCUUACAUCGACGACGGCAUUGGAAGAUGGCCUCAUCAAACCCAUCUUGAAGGCAUCUCUCGUUGCUUCAAAACCCGUGAAACGGCCAAAGCUUGAAUGCUGAAUAUGGAUUCAUCUCUCUUUGACUCUCUAAUAUUAGGACAAGAUUGUGGCCGUUCAGAACUAGCAACAUGCUAACUAAGUAACUUGAUAGGAUUCAGUGAAGUCAUGUUAGAACGUGCUCGCCAUUUUUGACAUAUUUGUAUUGAAGCUUUGAAAUGGCGGCACCAAUUAUUGUAAGUCAAAAAUAUCAAGAAACAGUUUACAUUGAAAUUGGGUUUGAAUACUAAACUAAAU